GACCAGGAGAAGGAAGUAAAGCUUAUCAAGAGGUUUUCUUAGGCCAAAUGGGAAUAGAGUCCUAGACUUAAACAGCGAUGAUGAUCAGAACAUACGCUUUCUGCCUUUUACUCUUGCUCUUUUUCGUACAUCGGGCCGAAAACACAGACGUUUUGGGUGGAUUAACAGAACAACUUUCCAAGUACUCCAUUGUGAAUCCUCAGGUGAUUCAAAGAAAAGGACGGAGCAUCAACACGUCCGAACUGAAAGAGAAUUAUGACGAUCAGAUAUCAUAUUCACUCAACAUAAACGACAGAAAGCACAUUCUUCAUUUACAGAAGAACAGAGAUUUUCUGCACCCCAGAUUUCUACAGGGUUCAUCUGAUUCCACCAGGAAUUCGUCAUAUUCAUGGAAACAUAUGCAGUGCCAUUACCAUGGAGAGGUUGAAGGAUAUGAGAAGUCAUUAGUGGCAGUGAGCACAUGUUCUGGUCUCAGGGGUGUGAUUGUCCUCGGAAAUGAGACCUAUGCACUUGAGCCUGUGCCCCGUUCUGCCUCCAACGACCAUCUUCUAUACCUCCUGAAAGAUCUCCAGACAGAGCCUGUCGCUUGUGGGGUUGUAAAUGAGGACACAACAACCCACGAACCCUUCGAGCCUGGCCAGUCGCUGACCUCUCUACUGCGGGAAAGACGCAGUUUACCACAAACUAGCUAUGUCGAGCUGGUUCUCGUUGUUGAUAACCAGAGGUAUGUUUUCAAGAAUCGAAAUGAGACGGCAGUAGUGGAUGAGAUGGUGACGAUGGCAAAUCUACUGGAUGGGUACUACAAGCCGUUGAACAUCCGUAUUGUGCUGAUCGGCGUGGAGAUCUUUAAGGACAGCAAUCCUUUUAGUGUGGAGGGCUCUGCUGGGGAGGUUUUGAGAAGGUUUGUCAACUGGAGGAAAAGUACUCUGAUACCAGCAAAGAGACACGACAUUGGUCAACUCAUUGUCGGUCGGCCAUCGUCUUACUCAGGCGUGCUGGGCAUGGCCUAUGUGGGCUCAGUCUGCUCGGUAGCUUCUUCUGGAGGAAUCAAUGUGUUCGGGAAUGACAAUUUGGCUUAUGCUUCCACUGUGGUGGCUCAUGAGAUGGGGCACAACCUGGGCAUGAAUCAUGACUUGGCUACCUGCGAGUGUGACGGCAGAAGCUGCAUCAUGUCAGCGACUGCAGGCGGUGCCACCACGUUCAGCAGCUGCAGUGAGGAUAACUUUGUGAGUCUCAUUCUUCGUGGAAAAGGGACAUGUCUGAGAAACCCACCGUCGCCGUCUGAUGUGAUCGACAAAGCUGAAUGUGGCAACGGCCGCCUGGAUGAAGGGGAGCAGUGUGACUGCGGCAAACCAGAGGAGUGCCAAAAUAAAUGCUGUGAUCCCAACACUUGCACAUUUGCAUCCUCCUUGGCCAAUUGUGCUGAUGGAGCCUGCUGCGAUAACUGCCGGAUUGUCGUGUCUGGAACGCCAUGCAGAAACUCUGCCAACACCUGUGAUCUCCCCGAGUACUGUGAUGGCAGCAGUGCCUUUUGUCCUGAAGACUACUAUAAAAUGGAUGGUCUGCCCUGUGAAAACGCCGCUGCGUACUGCUAUGAAGGUCGCUGUCAGACAUACGACGACCAGUGCAAGCAACUCUUCACACCAGAUCCUGCAACAAAGGCAGAUGACAUCUGUUUCAGUCAUGCAAAUACUUUGGGAAAUCUGUUUGGAAACUGUGGCGUCACCAGCAGUGGAGCGUUCAUAAAAUGUGCAGUAGAAGACGCCAUGUGUGGAAAGGUGCAGUGCACGAAUGUGGACGUGAAUAACCCGCCUCCUGGUGCCCAAGUCACCAUCCAGAUAAUUCAAGGGAAAACUUGUGUUAAUGCAGACUUCCACUUGGGCACAGACGUGCUUGAUCCCGCCUAUGUUAAGCCUGGCAGCCCUUGUGGUGAAGGAAAGGCCUGUCUCGACUUUCACUGCGUGAAUGCUUCUGCUCUUCUGAGCAAUACUGACUGUACCGCUGACAAGACCUGCAACGGCCGAGGGGAGUGUAAUGAUCAAGGGAACUGCCACUGCAACAAUGGCUGGGCGCCUCCCUUCUGUGUCACGGCAGGACGAGGCGGCAGCAUAAAUAGCGGCCCGGCGAUGAUAGAUUACUCGCUCAGGAAUGGCCUGCUUAUCUUCUUUCUCCUGGUGGUUCCUGUCGUCACGCUUGUCGUUGUGGGGCUGCUCUACGUCUAUAGGCGACAGUCCUUCGACCCUUGCAUUAAAAGAGGAGUGAAGCCUCAUAAUACUCAAAACAGAAAUGCAAAUCAACAGUCAAAUGCCCGUGUUCAAACACCUGCUCCAGGACCAGAUAAUCGGCGUGAAAAUCCAUCUACAAUCCCACCACCUCAGUCUGAGUAUGAAUUAACUCCUCUUUUCAGGUAUGGAGAAAUGGACUACUGGAGCGCAGCUGAAAAUGAUCCUACUCCAAAACCAACAUCUCAUGUUCAGGGACCUGGAGCGCCGAGGCCAAUCCCACCAAAAGUGCCACCCAUUUGAUACACACUUCAUUUUUUUUUUUUUUUUUUACAUCUGUGACGUUUAUUACAGCUCAAGAUUCUUCUUCAAGACACUGCAUAAAUCAUAAGAUCACUACUUUAUUCCAGCAUUUUUUAAAUGUUGGUAGUAUUAAGGGGGUGGUGGAAACUUCUUAAUAUUUAUUGAAAUAUAUUUUACUAAGCUUUAAAACAAAUGGCAUGUAUAUAAAGGGUGAAAAUAUGAAGGAACAAAAUGCAUAUUAAAUCUUUGAUGCUAGAAUUUUUUCCGAAGUAUUGAAAAGCCUUUUUUUUUUUCUUUUUAGGAUUUUUACUGGGUGUAAUUCUGAUUUAAUAAACAUUAUGAGAAAUGGGACAUUUACAUUAUUGUUUUUUUUCACAUUUAAAUUUCAUAAUGUUUCAAAGGAACAAAUGGCAGAUAUGUAAGAUAUAUCAUGUGAUGCAAAAAAUAGGUUUGGUUUUUGCUUGUUGAGUUGUUCAAACAAUCAUGGAAGUUGUGAGAUGCUUUCAUGAUCUUCUCCUAUUUGAAUUAACUAAAAAGACACAUUGACAGGUGUAAAAGUGUUGAUUAUAUGACUUUAAUCUCUACUUGUGGUCCUGCAUUGAAAACAUAUCAUGCAUAGACAUGAUAACUAAUGAACAAAAACCAGUUUUCUUUGGUCGUAGUCCUUAAACCAUCUGGUAGAAACGUUUUGUAGCCUUGUUAAAAUACAUGUUAUUCUACUACUCCCUUUUUGAAACUGAUUUUUAAAUGGACUUUUUCACCCCCUUAACGCAUUCAAGAUAGGGAAAAUGUGUAUUAUUGUAGCAACAAGUGGACAGGAUUAAAAGGGUAGAAAAAGAAUAUGAAACAAUAAUGUAUUAACAGGAUAAUAAUAACCGUGACAUUUUUUACAUUUUUGUAUGCUCAUGUUGGUAAUGACUGGAAAUGGAUAUUAAUAAAAAGUGUGGUGUGUCAUAUUGUCCAGAUUCUGCGUGUGUGUUGACAAGAUGAUACUGAUGUGAGCUACUUAUUUGAUUUUUUUUUUUUUUUUUUUUUUAGAUAUUAUCUUAUUUGUGUAUAUUAUUUUGGCCCUACCACUGAUUGUUUAAAAGCGCUGUAUAAAUAAAGAUGGUUUGAAGUGA